CCAAGCCUGAGCCACACUAUUACUUAUAAUUCGCUAUCCGGGUUCUGUUUCUUCAAUGGAGAUUCUUCAUUCUCCUCUUCACUUCUUCAUCUUCAUCACCUUGCUUUCAACAGCAGCAGAGCUCAGCAGAUCAGCUGACACGAUAACUCUGUCUCAGCCGGUCAGAGAUAACGAAACUCUAGUUUCAGCGGGAGCAAAGUUUGAGCUUGGAUUCUUCGGCGCUGGAAAUUCAUCUAAUCGGUAUGUGGGCAUAUGGUUCUACAACUUCCCGGCGAAGACCAUUGUCUGGGUGGCAAAUAGGGACGAUCCAAUCAACGGCUCAUCAGGAGUUCUGCAGAUUGGGACAGGAGGGAAUCUAAUCAUCGUUGAUGGAACAGGAAGAGCCGUUUGGGGGUCCAUACACACAGCAAAUCUGACCUCCAAUAACGUGGCUGCGCGGCUUCUGGACUCUGGGAAUCUAGUCCUGAUAGAUGAAAACAACCAUGGUUCGGGGAAUUUCUUGUGGCAGAGUUUCGAUCAUCCUUUUGACACAUUACUAGCAGGGAUGAAGCUAGGAUGGGACCUGAGGAUCGGUUUGAAUCGGUACCUCACUUCCUGGAGGGAUUUGGACGAUCCUUCCACAGGAGACAUCACAUACGCAGUUGAACUGCAGGGACUGCCCCAGAAGUUCCUCCGCAGGAAUGCUUCAAUAAUUGAACGAAGUGGGCCUUGGGAUGGUAAUCAGUUCAGUGGAGUGCCGAUGAACCCGAAUGCAAUCAUCAAUCCCAAGUUCGUGAUGACUGCUCAAGAAGUGUACUAUACUUAUCAACUCAACAAUGAUUCCACCAUCACAAGGGCAGUGCUCAGCCCCUCUGGCACGCUUCAUCGCUGUGUCUGGAACAAUAACAUGCAGUGGACAGUCAUAUAUGAGCUGCCAAAUGAUUCCUGCGACGAGUAUUCAAAAUGUGGGCCUAACGCUGUGUGCACGAUUGGUGAUGCCCGGAUGUGCAGCUGCCUGACCGGGUAUACCCCGAAAUCCCCCCAGGAAUGGGCGAUGCUUGUUUGGUCCAGCGGGUGCGUUAAGAAGAAGCCCUUGAAUUGUCCUAAAGGAGAAGGGUUUGAGAAGCUGGAGGGUGUGAAGGUUCCUGAUAUGUUGGGUUACUGGGUGAACAAAAGCAUGAGCCUUGACGAAUGCAGGGCCAAGUGCCUGAAAAAUUGCACUUGCACCGCAUAUGCCCAGGCGGACAUUGCCGGGAAGGGUAGUGGAUGUCUGCUUUGGUAUGGAGAUCUUAUCGACAUCAGAAAGCUCAUCCAAUCAAGCAGCAAUCAGAAUGUUUUCAUCAGGGUCAUGGCGUCUGACCUAGGCAAUCAUAAGUGGAAAUCGUGGUUGGUGGUGGCAGCAGUCGCCGCAUUACUCUCUCUAGCAAUUCUUUUGCUACUCUGUUUCUGGAGGAGGAGAACCGAAAAACGUCUAGGGAAAAUAUCAGAGGUGCAAGCUAGGAGUGAAGACAACUUGGAGCUGCCUAUACUAGACUUGGAAGACAUCACUAGAGCGACUAAUAGCUUUUCGUCUCUCAAUAAAAUCGGAGAGGGCGGUUUUGGUCCUGUCUAUAAGGGUCUAACGUCCGAUGGAGUUCAAAUAGCUGUCAAGAGGCUGUCGCAGAACUCGAGACAGGGUUGUGACGAGUUCAAGAAUGAAGUCUUGUUGAUUGCAAGACUUCAACACCGAAAUCUUGUCAAGCUAUUGGGAUGCUGUAUUGACGGAGAGGAAAGGAUGCUAGUAUAUGAAUAUAUGCCAAAUGGAAGCCUUGACUCGUUAAUAUUUGGUAAUAGAGGAGGUAAUUCUCUCGUGUGGAGAUGGAGGUUUGAUAUCAUUGUGGGUGUUGCAAGGGGACUUCUGUAUUUACAUCGCGACUCAAGAUUGAGAAUAAUUCAUCGGGAUCUAAAAGCUAGUAAUGUGUUGCUGGAUAGUGAGAUGAACCCAAAGAUAUCAGAUUUUGGCAUGGCCAGGGCUUUCAGAAGAGAUCAACUCCUAGAAAAGACGAAACGUGUAGCUGGGACUUAUGGAUACAUGUCUCCAGAAUAUGCAAUAGAUGGAAUUUUCUCAACUAAAUCGGAUGUUUUUAGCUUUGGAGUUCUAGUCCUAGAAAUAAUUAGCGGCAGGAGGAACAGGGAAUUUCAUCAUCAUGAUCACAAUUUUAACCUUCUUGGACAUGCCUGGAAAUUAUGGCUUCAAGGGAAGGCCAUCGAACUCAUAGACAGACAAAUGGAGGAUUCAUUUCCAUUAUCGGAAGUUAUCAGGUGCAUCCAGAUAGGCCUCUUGUGCGUUCAACAAAGUCCGGACCAAAGGCCGACCAUGUCAUCUGUGCUUCUGAUGUUGGACAGCGAGAGCGCCUCAUUGCCACAGCCCAAGCAACCGGGAUUUUACACGGAAAGGUUUAAUGAUCAAAUAGAGGUCGAAACAAGCGAGUUUACUAUUACCAUAGUCGAGGGUCGGUGAAGAUCCACGAGAUUUUAUGCACACAAAGUUAACAUGUAGUCGAGGUAUGAGCUGUUCCAUUGUAGAUUGAGAGUCUAGUUCACGGUAUAUCUGCAUGAAAAUAUGAAAAGAAUUUCCGCCUUCUUUGGCAAAGUACGCGCUCUUGAGAAUGCGCCUGGUGUACACUUCUCUUU